GGCCCGGCGGCGCCGCCCUGGUACCACCGCGACCUGAGCCGCGCCGCCGCCGAGGAGCUGCUGGCCCGCGCCGGGCGCGACGGCAGCUUCCUGGUGCGGGACAGCGAGAGCGUCGCCGGCGCCUACGCGCUCUGCGUGCUGUUUCAGAAGCACGUGCACACGUACCGGAUCCUGCCGGACGAGGAGGACUUCCUGGCCGUGCAGACCUCGCAGGGCGUGCAGGUGAGACGCUUCAAGACGCUGAGCGAGCUGAUCGCGCUCUACCUGCAGCCCAGCCAGGGGCUGGUCUGCACCUUGCUCUUCCCCGUCGAGAGGGAGAAGGAGAAGGAGACCGCAGAGGACAGGGACUACUCGGAUGGAGAGGACGAGAAGCCUCCGCUGCCGCCCCGCUCGGGCUCCACCAGCUUCUCGGGCGGCUCCGCGGGGCUCAGCCCCACCAGCGUGGGGCCGGCAGUGCCGGACGGCGCGGCCGAGAGCACCAACGGCCUCAGCACCGUUUCGCACGAGUACCUGAAGGGCAGCUACACCCUGGACCUGGAAGCGGUCAAGGCCGGCGCCAGCAGCCUGCCCCAUCUCAACAAGACGCUCGUCGCCUCCUGCAAACGGCUGCACAGCGAGGUGGACAAGGUGCUCUCGGGGCUGGAGAUCCUCUCCAAGGUGUUCGACCAGCAGAGCUCCCCCAUGGUCUCCAAGAUCCUCCAGCAGACGGCGGCGCAGUCCGGCGAGCAGGAGCUGGAGAGCCUGGUGCUGAAGCUGUCCGUGCUGAAGGAUUUCCUCUCCAGCAUCGAGAAGAAGGCCUUGAAAGCUCUGCAGGAAAUGAGCUCCACGGCGCAGGCCGCCCCGGCGCAGCCCCUGUCCCGCAAGGUGAAGAGCAUUCCCGUGCAGACCUUCGAGGUGAAGCUGGACGUCACGCUGGGGGACCUGACCAAGAUCGGCAAGUCGCAGAAGUACACGCUGAGCGUGGACGUGGAGGGGGGCAAGCUGGUGGUGCUGAAGAAGCAGAAGGACUCGCAGGAGGACUGGAACACCUUCACCCACGACAAGAUCCGGCAGCUGAUCAAGUCGCAGCGGGUGCAGAACAAGCUGGGCAUCGUCUUCGAGAAGGAAAAGGACAAGACCCAGCGGAAAGACUUCAUCUUCGUCAGCGCCCGGAAGCGGGAGGCCUUCUGCCAGCUCCUGCAGCUGAUGAAGAACAAGCACUCGAACCAGGACGAGCCCGACAUGAUCUCCAUCUUCAUCGGCACCUGGAACAUGGGCAGCAUGCCUCCGCCCAAGAGCAUCACGUCGUGGUUCACCUCGAAGGGCCUGGGCAAGACGCUGGACGAGAUGACGGUCACCAUCCCCCACGACAUCUACGUCUUCGGCACCCAGGAGAACUCCAUGGGGGACAAGGAGUGGGUGGACUUCCUCCGGGCCGUGCUGAAGGACUUCACGGAGAUCGAGUACCGCCCGGUGGCCAUGCAGUCCCUGUGGAACAUCAAAAUCGUGGUGCUGGUGAAGCCGGAGCACGAGAACCGCAUCAGCCACGUGAGCACCUCCAGCGUGAAGACGGGCAUCGCCAACACCCUGGGGAACAAGGGGGCCGUGGGUGUCUCCUUCAUGUUCAACGGCACCUCCUUCGGCUUCGUCAACUGCCACCUCACCUCCGGCAACGAGAAGACGGCCAGGAGGAACCAGAACUACCUGGACAUCCUGCGCCUGCUCUCCCUGGGGGACAAGCAGCUGAGCUCCUUCGACAUCUCCCUCCGCUUCACCCACCUCUUCUGGUUCGGGGACCUCAACUACCGCCUCGACAUGGACAUCCAGGAGAUCCUCAACUACAUCAGCCGCAAGGAGUUUGAGCCGCUGCUCAAGGUGGAUCAGCUCAACCUGGAGAAGGAGAAGCACAAGGUCUUCCUGCGAUUCGGCGAAGAGGAAAUCGCCUUUCCGCCCACGUACCGCUACGAGCGAGGGUCCCGGGACACCUACGUCUGGCACAAGCAGAAGCCCACGGGGGUCCGCACCAACGUGCCGUCCUGGUGCGACCGCAUCCUCUGGAAGUCCUACCCGGAGACGCACGUCAACUGCAACUCCUACGGGUGCACAGACGACAUCGUGAGCAGCGACCACUCCCCGGUCUUCGGCUCCUUCGAGGUCGGCGUCACGUCCCAGUUCGUCUCCAAGAAAGGGCUCUCCAAGUCCUCCGACCAGGCCUACAUCGAGUUCGAGAGCAUCGAAGCCAUCGUGAAGACGGCCAGCCGGACCAAGUUCUUCAUCGAGUUUUACUCCACCUGCCUGGAAGAGUUCAAGAAGAGCUUCGAGAACGACAGCCAGAGCAGCGACAACAUCAACUUCCUGAAGGUGCAGUGGUCGUCCCGGCAGCUGCCCACGCUGAAGCCCAUCCUCUCCGAGAUCGAGUACCUGCAGGACCAGCACCUCCUGCUCACCGUCAAGUCCCUCGACGGAUACGAGUCGUAUGGCGAGUGCGUCAUCGCCCUGAAGUCCAUGAUCGGCAGCACGGCCCAGCAGUUCCUCACCUACCUGUCACACCGCGGCGAGGAGACGGGCAACAUCCGCGGCUCCAUGAAGGUCCGGGUGCCCGCCGAGCGCGUGGGCACCCGCGAGCGGCUCUACGAGUGGAUCAGCGUCGACAAGGACGAGGCGGGAGCCGGCAAAGGGAAGGUGCCGCUGGGCUCGCGAGCCAACCAGGACUGCGCCAGGGCCGCGGGGAGGAAGCACGCGGCGGGGGAGCCGGGCGCCUGCCCCCCGGGCAAGCCCCUCGACGAGCCCGAGAAAGGCGGCGCCUCGCCCGCCGGCCGCCCGGCCGCCGCGCACCGCGGCACCUCCAAGGACGAGGCCACGCAGAGCCGGUGCAGGGCGGAGGCGGCGCCGGAGCCGGCCGGGGCCCCGCCGAAGAACAGCUUCAACAACCCGGCGUACUACGUGCUCGAGGGCGUCCCGCACCAGCUGCUGGCGCCCGAGGCGCCCGGCCCGCCGCCGCCGCCCCCCGGCAAGCCGCCGGCGCCCAAGGGCAAGGUGCAGGUCGCGGUGCCCGAGCGGCGCCGGCGCCCGUCCGCCGGGCAGCCCGGCCGCGGCGACGACAGCUCCUCGGACGAGGACGCCGGCACCCUCAACCUGCCGCCGCCGGACUUCCCGCCGCCGCCGCUGCCGCGCGCCGUGGAGCUGGAGCUGGCCGAGAGCCCCUUCUACGCCGGGGCCAAGGAGGCGGCGGCGGCGGUGGCGGCGGCGGGGCGCGAGGAGCCCAAGCCGCGGCCGGCCGUGGCUUUCGGCGAGCCGCCGCCGCCCAAGCUGCACCCGCGGCCCCCGCCGCCCCCCGCCGCCGCCGCCUUCGUGCUGGAGGCCCCCGGCGCGGCUCCGGCGCCCGGCGGGCUGCUGGACGACCGCUCCUGCUCCGUGCUGCAGAUGGCCAAGACGCUGAGCGAGGUGGACUACCCCGGCGGCGGCGGCAGCGGCGGCGGCAGGGGCCGGGCGGCCGCCCCGCCGCUGCCCAAGGGGCGCCCGGAGCUGCUGCCGCCGCCGCCGCCGCGCUGCCUGCACCCCGACUACGGCCGCCCGCUCGCCUUCCCCCCGCACCCCAUCCGCGAGAGCAUCGAGGAGGACCUGGCCGAGGAGGCGCUGUGCCCGGGCGGCCGCGGCGGCGCCCAGCCCGGCGUGGGCGAGUGGCUGCGGUCCAUGGGGCUGGAGCGGUACGAGCAGGGGCUGGUGCACAACGGCUGGGACGACCUGGAGUUCCUCAGCGACAUCACGGAGGAGGACCUGGAGGAGGCCGGCGUGCUCGACCCCGGCCACAAGCGCGUCCUCCUGGAGAGCCUGCAGCUCCGGAAAUAGGGGGCCCCGGCCCCCCCCCGGCCCCCCCCGGCCCCCCGCCGGCGCCGAGCGGGGCCCUGGUCAGACGAUUUCACGGGGAGGCCCCGGCGCUGGGGCCUCCCGACGGUUAAGUUAUUUCUUAUUUAUUGAGAGGAGGGAGGAGCGGAGCGUUCGGGGGGGACGGGACCACCAGCGGGGUGGGGGGGAGGGCUGUGGGGCCAGCGCCCCACGGCCGGUGGGUGCCCCCGGAGACGCCGCCUGCCCUUCGCCGCCAGGGAGGAAGAGGAGGAGGAGGAGGAGGCUCCACGCAAAGCGCAAAGCUGUCCCAGCCCGGCGCCCGCUCGGGCCGCUGCCCAAGUGCCUUCGUGCCGCGACGGGGGACGGGGACGGGGGUCCCCGCCGGAGCCCGGCGCCAUCAGUGCCUUCGCCCCCCGGACCCGUCCCCUCCGCCGCCGGCUCCUCGCCGAGCGCCCUCACGGCUCAGCCGAGCCUCGGCGCCCCGCGGGGGUCCUGGCACCGCAGCCGAACCCCCACGCCGCCGCGGUCCCACCCGGCCCGGGGGGCCCGCGGCGCCGCCCCUCCGCCCGAGAUGAAGGAUGCGCUCGGCUCACCGGCGCGGCGCCCGGCGGGCUCCCUCCCCGCGCCGCCCUCUCUUUUCGUUAGCUUCGGGCGUUCGGUGUGAAUUUAAUCCUACUAAAAGUGCCGUCGUGUUGUGCUCUGUGUUUUUGUUUUUUUAAAUCAUGAGCUAUUUUUUUAAUGUUUAAUUUAAUUGUUGUUUGGAACUCUCUUUGUAUGCUUAAUGUUCUUUCCUGGAGGAAAAAAGAUUAAGUGUUAGGUUGAAGAUCUUUUCUGAGAUGUCCUCGUGUUAUGUCCCCUACCCUGUACUGGAGCAAUAAAAGCCCUCGUUUGCUUAGA